AUGGAUGAAGGUGAAGAACAAAAACAUAGACAAGCUAUACAAUCUUUUAGGGAAUUUACAGGUUUUUUUUUAAUUUUUUUGGGGAAUUUUGGUGAUUUAUGUCUUGUCUUGGGUGCGAGGGGGAAUCGACUUUCGAUAUGUCCAAGAUUUCUCUACCGUGGAUGGGUCACGUUGAGGGUAAAAGCUGAAUUUAAUUCCGAGUCUCACGGCCUUCUUUGA